AAAAGGGACAUCAAAAGAUAUGCCAUUGCCCAAGCUUCUUCUGAUCUCCUUCAUGAUGAUGGGGCUGAUAACCCUAGCCCCCAUCACCCUUGCUCAAAACUCCCACCAAGACUUCGUCAAUGCCCACAAUGCCGCCCGAGCAAAGGUCGGCGUCGGGCCAGUCUCUUGGAACUACACCUUGGCUGCCUAUGCCCAAACUUAUGCCAACAAGAAGAUUGGCACUUGUGAGAUGCAACAUUCCUAUGGUCCUUAUGGUGAGAAUUUAGCCGAAGGGUAUGGCGAGAUGACGGCGGUGGAGGCUGUGAACUUCUGGGUGAGUGAAAAGAAGUAUUACGACCAUCAUUCCAACCGGUGCAUCGGGGACGAGUGUCGCCAUUAUACACAAGUAGUGUGGCGGGGCACCAAGCAUGUGGGUUGUGCUAGAGUGAAAUGUCACAACAAUUGGAUCUUUGUGAUAUGCAACUAUGAUCCUCCUGGCAAUUACGUAGGCCAAUUUCCUUACUGAUAUUAUAAGAUAUUGAAAAUUUGAUGAAUAACUCAUUGUAAUUCAAAGAUA